CUCUCUCUCUCUCUCUCUCUCUGUGAUCUCAAAAUCUCAAAAGAUAAGGCUUUUAAGGAUGAAGAAAAUCAAUUUUUUGCUUAGGAAGUGCAAGAGCUUGUCAAGGCAGCUAGGGAGAUCUUCAUCAUACAGUAGCCUAAGGUCCAAAUCCACAAGAGAAGAUUUAUGGGUUGGCCAUGGAGACAAAAUGCAUGAAAUUGAUCAUCACCACCAAACUAUAAUCUUUGUGGGAAGCACAAGAAAGCGCUAUGUCAUUAGUUCCAAGUACCUCAACCAUCCUUUGUUGAAUGCUUUAAUAGACAAGUCCUCAAAGCAAAAGCAAGGAGGAGAAGCAGAAGAUAUCUUGGUCAACUGUGAGGUGGUUCUCUUUGACCACUUGAUAUGGAUGCUAGAGAAUGCUGCUGAUCCAAGCUUUGGUGCUUCAGAGUCCUUGGAGGAACUGGCUGCUCUCUAUGUGUUCUGACAAGUCUGGUGGUUGUGUUUGAUGAUCUGCUAAUUCAAAGCUGAUAGGGAAAUAUAUAUCAUGCUCUAGGUUGAGGCCACAGCACCUUGAAACCUGUAAUAUAUCAUUCUUGUUACUAUUGAUUCCGUUCAAUUCUUUUUUUA